ACUCUAUUAUGUCUCGUACAUUGCAAGUUCAAUUAUUGAAAUACCAUUUUGUUUAUUAAUUAGAAUAUAUAUAUAUAUAGUAUAUAAAUCCAAUUUAUUGCCCACACGUCUAUAUAUAUAUAUAUAUAAUCUCGAGGGUAGAACAAAUCUGCAUGCUCUGAUCCCUGCUUGUCAUGGGCAAGGAAUUUAAAAAGCUUCCAGAACUGUGAAUCUCUCGAAGCCUGCUGCAAUGGAGUGGAGGCUGCAGAACAGGAUCGCCAUUCACAGCAAGCCCAGGGAUCAAGCAUGCUCGAUCCAUUCCUGUUUCUUCUGCGCUAUGAAUGAACGAAACCCAUCUGCAAGAAGAACCCUAAUUUCCAAAAGUUUCAAGGAGAUGCCAUUGCAAGACAACAGAGAGCACGUCCUGGCAGUGAGCUGGCUGUGGAACACUGCCAUGGCCGAGCCAGAAGACGCAGAAUUCAUCUCCCUCGGCAUCUUCGAAUGCAUGGCUAAGCUCAUUCACCGAGGCGCCAAUGACCGGAACUGGCUUUCCAUAGGCCAAAACACAUACAUUCCUUACUACGCAGCCCAUGUCAUCGGCUCCUACACAAUGAACAAGGCCGAAUUUGCGGAGAUCGCCGUCGCGUGCGGCGUUGUGCCGCCAUUAAUGGAGCUUCUGAGAGGGAAGAUCACGUGGGUCGAGCAGAGAGUCGCCGUUCGAGCCCUUGGCCAUAUAGCCAGCCACGAAACAACAUUCGAAGCCAUUGCAGAACACGAAGUGGAGAUUGUGAAUUUAACCGUUGACAUAGCCAAAACCUGUGUUGAUUUGGUGUAUGUUGAAUUUGUGAAGGGAAGAAGGAGAUUCAAAUACCAAUCUGAUCUUCUCACAAGAGGUUUUGUAGGGUCGGAAAUGGAGAGCCGAAAAGCCGAGGAAUGGGCCGGCCAGCUCCGGUGUUGGUCUCUCUUUCUCCUCAACUGUUUCGCCAUCAAAGAAAGAUCCAUCCACUUAAUCUGCAACCCAGAUUUCUUGAACAAAUUGCCGGGCUUCUGGGGUGGCCUAGAUAACAGAAAUUCGCCGGCCGGAAUUGGAUUGACCCGAACUUUGUGCAACUCCAAAACAGGAAGAAGAAACGUAGCCAAGUCUAAGGAAGCCAUAGAGAGCCUCUGCAAUAUCUCUAGAUCUUCCGACGAUUUCGAGUUCAUGGCAAUUGAGUCUCUCCUGUUAAUUCUCAGAGACCCAGAAACGAGACAACUAGUCCUAGAUAUGGGGGCUGUGUAUCUCUCUGAUUUGGUUGAAAUCGAGCAAACUGGAGACAUUAUCGCGCAAACACUGUUGCAAGAUUACAGUAGAAUCAAGUACGGGAAAAUGAGACUGAAGAACAGUAAAACUCAGAAAGCUCUCGACGAGAUAUGGGAUUUGAAGGUGGAGAGAAGAAAGAGAGAGAAGAUGAUGCCGGAAGACGCUGCGGAGAAGAAAAAAUUGGCGGGUUUGCUGAAAAGAGAAGGGAAUGAAAGGUUUUGGAUUGGCGACAUUGAAGAAGCGGUGAAGAGGUACACGAAGGGUCUGGAUUUGUGCCCGGUGAAGAUGAGGAAGGAGAGAAUCGUCCUGUAUAGUAAUCGGGCGCAGUGUUAUUUGGUGCUCAGCGAUCCGGAAUCUGCAAUUAGAGACGCGACCCGAGCUCUGUGUUUAUCGGGUGAGGGGAGGAUGCACGGUAAGAGCCUGUGGAGGCGAUCGCAGGCGUACGAUAUGAAGGGGAUGUCCCGAGAAAGCUUGAUGGAUUGCUUGAUGUUCAUCAAUGGAAGGAUCCGUACGGGGAAGGCGAAGAUCCCGCACUACGCUGCACGGAUGAUCAGCAAGCACAUGAGCGCCACGCGGAUAUUUGCUGCUGCCAGGUCAGAGAACUCUCAGGAUCACAGAGAAGUAGAGGAUUCUGUGGCCCGCAAUCCAACGAUCGUGAAGAUGGGCCAUGCUAAUGCCAUUACGGGAUUAGAAAGGGGAGAGCAGUGGAAGAAGCAAGAAAGCAGUGGAGAAAGCAGAAAAGACCAUAGCACAGCCAAAGCCAAAGGCAAAGGCAAAGCUGAAGUUGCUCGGAUAAGGCAAGUAAAAUGGAGAAGGAAAUGAAGCCAAGUGCAUGGUGACACUGUCGGCACCCACCCACCACACCAUUUGGGUUCAAUAAUUCUAGCGACUUUGAUGAUGCUUUUCCCUGCCAUUUGCAUUAUAAAAUUCUUAUGCAAUCGUACUGAAGAGAGCAACAAUGUGUUUGGCUACCGAGAAAGUACAGAACGAACAAGCACCGAAACACAAAUCCACACAAAAAUGUAACGGAAAAGAGGAAUCUGAAACUAGGGAUGUGGAACAGUACU